AUGAAAUCCACUUCUCUCAUUCGUGCUCUUGCACCUUCAGCAUUUAUCGCAUAUGCUGCAGCAGACAGCUGUUGUUGGGGCGAUCAGUGGGGAGACACAAACUGGCUGUUCCUCAAAUGGGAUGAGCCCGCACAAGUUGUGAGGUGCGGUCUUGGUGGCACGCUUCCAGCUGGAACAAAAUGCACCGUCGCAAAUUCGAAAGAUUCGAAUGGCAACAUCCAGGCCCUCACGAACGUCACGUUCGGUAGUAGUCCUCAACCGUUCAAAUUCCGCAUUGGCAUCGACCCCAACAGUUGCGACCCAUUGCCGAACGACAAAGUGGUCACGGGGUGGGAGGAUUGGGGAGCCUUCAUGUUCACCGGGCACGAGCUCACGUCCCAGAGAUUGGAUGUGUGCACUCAGGCUUAUUCCGCAUAG